UGUCUGCGUCUGGCCACAGUGUGUGCAAGAAUCGGCUCAAAAGUUGGCCAGCAGAAGGCAGCUCUGGUGCAGGGCCAUGCGAUCGGCAUGUUGAAGUCUCCAUUGGAGUUGCGUUGCCUUCAUGCCGCUCGACCGCUCAGCGACAAAGAUGGCAAGGGCAAGAAUGAUGAAUGCGAUGAUCCGUGCGAAGUGGAAAAUGACAAGGCAGGCGAUGCCUGUGAGGAAACUCCACCCAAAAUGAAGAAUCCAUGCGAGCAGAUCUUGAAGGCACAAACCGGUAAAUCUUCGGAAGAAACUUGCGAGUCAGAGCCACCUGAAAAAGGAAAGGGAGACACCGGCUCGGGCAUUAAACUGGAGCACAAGGGUCGCGAGGGCUACAUCCACGCUGUCAUUGGACCCGUCAUCGAUGUAUACUUUCCCGAUGAGGUUCCCGAGGUGCUCAAUGCCAUGGAAGUGGUCGAUGCACCCAUUGGACGUUUGGUUCUGGAGGUCUUCCACCACCUGGGCAACAACAUUGUACGCUGUGUGGCCAUGGACGCCACCGAGGGCCUCAAGCGUGGCCAGAAAGUCAUCGACACGGGCUAUCCCAUUCGCGUGGCAGUGGGCAAGGCCGUUCUGGGGCGCAUCCUCAACGUGGUGGGCGAUCCCAUCGAUGAGCGUGGAGAAAUCAAGAGCGACUAUCACUCGUUCAUCCACAACGAGGCGCCCCUGCUCACAGAGCUGAGCGUGAAGCCAGAGAUUCUGGUGACCGGAAUCAAGGUGAUUGAUCUGCUGGCUCCCUACGUCAAGGGCGGCAAGAUUGGCCUCUUUGGUGGAGCCGGAGUGGGCAAGACGGUGCUCAUUAUGGAGCUGAUCAACAACAUUGCCAAGUCCCACGGCGGCUACUCUGUGUUCGUGGGUGCCGGCGAGCGCACUCGCGAGGGCAACGAUCUGUACCACGAGAUGAUCGAGACCAAGGUCAUAUCCCUCGAGGACGACUCCUCCAAGGUGGUCCUCGUCUUUGGCCAGAUGAACGAGCCGCCCGGCGCUCGCUCCCGCGUGGUGCUGACUGGCCUCACCAUUGCCGAGUAUUUCCGGGACAUGGACGGGCAGGAUGUGCUGCUCUUCAUUGACAACAUCUUUCGCUUCACCCAGGCCGGGUCCGAGGUGUCGGCUCUGUUGGGUCGCAUCCCAUCUGCCGUGGGUUAUCAGCCGACGCUCGGCACCGACAUGGGCACCAUGCAGGAGCGCAUCACCAGCACCCGCAAUGGAUCCAUUACCUCGGUGCAGGCUGUCUAUGUGCCUGCAGACGACCUGAGCGAUCCUGCACCGGCGGCUACCUUCUCCCACUUGGACGCCACCACUGUGCUCUCGCGUCCCAUUGCCGAGCUGGGCAUAUAUCCCGCUGUGGAUCCCCUGGACUCGUCUUCCCGCAUCCUCGAUCCGGAUGUGGUUGGGGAAGAGCACUACAACGUGGCUAGGGCUGUGCAGAAGACACUGCAGGGCUACAAGUCGCUGCAGGACAUCAUCGCCAUUCUCGGCAUGGACGAACUCUCCGAGGAGGACAAGAUUACCGUGGCACGUGCCCGCAAGAUCCAGCGCUUUCUCUCGCAGCCGUUCCAGGUGGCCGAGGUGUUCACCGGCACCCCGGGCAAACUGGUGCCCAUCGAUAAGUGCGUGGAGGGAUUCAAGCGUCUGCUCAACGGCGAGUACGAUGACAUUCCAGAGAUCGCCUUCUAUAUGGUCGGCGAUGCGGAUGAGGUGCUGGCGAAGGCAAAUAAGUUGGCCGCUAGCAUGGCAGGAGAUAUAGAUCCACCGCCGCCACCAAAGGCAGCCAAGAAGGAAGAGCCCAAAAAGGAAGCCACUGCCAAAGAUGCUCCCAAGAAAGAAGAAAAGCCGAAGGAUGCACCCAAGGCAGAGGCCAAAAAGGGCUAUGCUCCGAAAUCCAAAGACCCUCCUCCAAAAGGAAAGGGGGAAUCUCCCAAAGACAAGAAGUAAUCUUCCAAAACAACCAAAUAAUUUUAUUUUAAAAAUAAACGUCAUAUAAUGGUA